GGCGGCACCCGAGGCUGAGGAGGAGGAGGAGGCCCGAGAGCGACAUGUCCCGGGGUGCUGAGGCAGGACGGUCCGCGGCGCUGCUUUACUGAGGUCGGGGUCGGCCUGGCGGCCGGCCGAGGACCAGGGUCCGCAGGGGCUGCCCCCGCAGUGGUGGCCGCCAUGCUGAGGCCCCGGGCAGCUGAGGCAGCCGCGGUGGCGCUUCUCCGACUGCCGCUGCUGCUGCUGCUGUUGCCCGAGCUCCGGGAUCCGGGGCUCGGCGUGGUCGGCGCCGCUGGGGCCGGACUGCCAGAGAGCGUCAUUUGGGCAGUCAACGCGGGCGGCGAGGCGCAUGUGGACGUGCACGGGAUCCACUUCCGCAAGGACCCUCUGGAAGGCCGGGUGGGCCGAGCCUCAGACUAUGGCAUGAAGCUGCCGAUCCUGCGCUCCAGCCCUGAGGACCAGAUCCUGUACCAGACAGAGCGGUACAAUGAGGAGACCUUCGGCUAUGAAGUGCCCGUCAAGGAGGAGGGGGACUACGUGCUGGUGUUGAAAUUUGCUGAGGUUUACUUCGCACAGUCUCAGCAGAAGGUGUUUGAUGUCCGGUUAAAUGGCCAUGUUGUGGUGAAGGACUUGGACAUCUUUGAACGUGUCGGGCACAGCACGGCUCACGAUGAAAUCAUCCCCAUGAGCAUCAGAAAAGGGAAGCUGAGCGUGCAAGGGGAGGUGUCGACCUUCACGGGGAAGCUCUACAUUGAGUUUGUCAAGGGGUACUACGACAACCCCAAAGUGUGUGCACUUUACAUCAUGGCUGGGACGGUGGAUGAUGUACCAAAGCUGCAGCCUCAUCCAGGAUUGGAGAAGAAGGAAGAGGAGGAGGAGGAGGAAGAAUAUGAUGAGGGGUCUAAUCUCAAAAGACAGACGAACAAGAACAGGGUGCAGUCCGGCCCCCGAACACCUAGUCCCUACGCCUCGGACAACAGCAGCCUCAUGUUUCCUAUCCUGGUGGCCUUCGGGGUGUUCAUUCCAACCCUGUUCUGCCUCUGCCGGCUGUGAGAGCAAAUGGCCAUCCUCAGCAGGGCAGGGUGGGGAGGAGACCAGACCUGCUGGCUUCUGUGUUAUCACAGGGUUAGGCAAAACAGAGA